AUGGAAAAGAGAUCUGAUCCUAUUUUUUUUUUUUCUUUCUUCCUUUUCUGCUGUUCUUCUUCUCUUAGUGAUUGUCGUGGAGAUUUGCCAAAAAAAAAAAAAAAAAAAAAAGAGAAUAAAAAAUUGAAAGUAAAGAAAGCAAACGAAUCGCACGAAAAAUUUUCAACGAAAAGAGAGCUCUUAGCUUUGAACAGUAUCGCAAACACCCAAACCAUAUCAAUAAACAUGUCAGGAAGAUUCCCACCACAAGGAGCUAAAGAAGAGCCAUCAACUUUUGAACAAAUUAAAAAGUCUCCAGCUUUUAUCGUUGGUACCCAAGCUGUCUUAUUUGGACUCGGUGUUUUGUUCAUUCAAUCUCCAUUGAUGGAUAUGUUGGUCCCACAAUUAUAA